AUGCCCCUCCCAAAACUCAGUCCGCUUCAAUCGCGGCUUGCAGCAUCUCUUAUAGCAUCAGUCAUGCUGGUGCUCAUUUACUUCGCAUUCAUGUCACCUCACUUUGCGUACGCAGCAGAUGUUGAUUCAAUACGACCAGAAGACCACAACCAUGAGCGAUUAUUGAGGAGGCCUUUCCUGGACCCCGAUUAUGAAGAGUUGGAGUUGAGCGAACCAACAUACGAGGCGCAAUUUGCUGGAGUCGAUAGAGGGAUUAUUGGGAGAGCAACGACUGAGCCGAUCACUUUGACGAACAAUGGCAUGCAAGAGACGAAUAUUCCACAGGGACAAUUGAUGUCGUACAUGUUUUCCAAUGCCUCAUUAUGGGGAUCGCUAUCCCCGAUAAACUCUGGAUUGCCCUCUCCGAUAAUUCUCAAUGGAAAGGUCAAGAGAAGUGUGGAUGAAACCGAAAGCGCACAUGACAACGAAGACGAGGAAGAACUGAAACUUAGGUCUCGACAAUCAAAUUCUGGCAACCAACGGCUGUUAUACAUUACUGUGACUGCGUGCAAGCAACCGACAUCGAAUACGACAACGGACCCCCCUCCACAACUUCAAUUAUACGUGUCGCAGUCACAAGAUAACAUAACUCCAGGACCGGGGAAGGAUCCACAGGUCGAGAUGAAGCUGGAUGACGGCUACGCACUCUAUGCAUUCAACGCCACUGGCAAUGUUUACAUCGGAGUCUAUGGAGAGAACGUCAAUACGACAUACACAGGUGUAUGGAAUGCCCAGAUUGCCGCUUCAAUUGACCAGCCGUACCAUUUUUUCUGGAAUAGCUCUGAUCCAAAUCUGUUCCUCGUGAGCAGUGAUAGCAAUUCGGCUCUCCUCUACACCGAUCCGUUAAUACCUGAUUCAUCGAACUCUACCCUUGCUGAGGCGUGGAUGGAUAUGACACCAGGACCUUUUACCGUUUUUGCAAGCGAUGCAAGCGACAAUUCGAUACUGGGCCUCCAAAACUCAUACUGUGGGUUGGAGACGAAAGCUCAGAUAUCUGCUUCUCGGCCAGGACAAAUUUCCAGUGAAAUAGCAACAAAAAUGACCGAUAUUGGAACUGGAAGUCUCCCCAAACAGCAAUUCUACUUGACUGGACUAGGUCCAGGAAAGACGUAUAAUAUAGCUUUGGCAAUGAAUGGGACGAUAGCCUCGGGAAACAGUGCUGUAGGAGCAGGCGGCCAAGUUUUCAGAAUGACCAACUUUACAACUUUGUCAAGCGAAAAUUGCGCUGUAAUUACUGGCCUUUCCUUUUGCGACCAGGUAGCAUAUUCUGUCCCAACAAACCCAGGAGUGUUCAACGAUACGGCCACGUUAGCAGCUUUCUACGAUAACGCUACCUCUCAAUACUAUACCUUUUUUCAGAAGGUCUUGGCACAGACCCCUUGCAAUACCACAUCCUCCGCUCAGUACUCGCUCGCAAGAACUUGUGAUGAUUGCGCAAAUGCAUACAAGGACUGGGUCUGCGCUGUGAUGAUCCCGCGCUGCACCGACUUUAGCUCCCCUGAGCCGUGGCUUCAGGCUCGAGCCAUGGGCCAACCGUUCCCCGACGGGACAUUCCUGGAUGCGGCCGACCGGGCGGAAGCAAACCUAUCCAAAGCCUUGAACGGGUCCCGUAAUCCUGCCAUAGACCAGACUAUUAUUCCGGGUCCUUACAAAGAGGUUCUUCCUUGCGAGGAUCUGUGCUACAACCUGGUGCAAAGCUGUCCUGCAAGCAUGCAAUUCGGUUGUCCUCAGCCAGGCGUUAUUGGGUUCAAUGUGAGUUAUGGAGUUAGGCCGAUGGGGAUGGCGGAUGUGAACGGGAGAUUUACAAAUAUGACCUGCAACUGGCCAGGGGUGGUGUACCACCGUGCUGCCGGUGGCAGGAUAGAACCAUCCUUGGUGUUGCUUUUGAUCUCAGCGGUACUGGGUAUGAUGAUGGGCUGA